AUGAAAAAUUUACUGGGGCCUUUUCUAGGCACCUUGUCUCUUCUACAUUCAGUAACUGCAUUUCUCAGCCUAGACCAAAGCACAUUGUCUAUAUCUUGUACGGCAACAGUCACUUCAACAAGUGGCCAGCCUAUAACAGCCGCAAGAGAAGCUUGUCCUACCACUGUCACUAUCGUUUUUACAUCUGUAUCAGUUCCAAAUAAUAGUAAAGGUACCACUGAAGUAUCUACCUCCGAGAAGGCGACCUUUCCUACAUCGACCCAAGCAUCAACAUUGAAGACAUCGGCACAUACUUCUAUUGCUAGUCCAGAAACCAAGUUGAGCUCUGCAAGUUCUCACUCAGUUUCCUCGAUACUUCGAUCUUCAGAGACUUCUGCUGAAGCUUUCAGUACAUCCUCAAGUACUGCUGUCACUCAUUCUAGUUCUAUCACCUCAAAUACAAAUGAACCGGCAAGCUCGUUGACUUCGAAACCACUUAGUAGCAACACCCUACUCUCGACUAUCUCUACCACAUCCACUGCUUCACAUACAAGUAUACCGAGUGAACCUUCACUAUCAAAGACAUCUAACUUAUCUUCGGAAUCUCUUUCUUCGACUACCUUGUCUGGCAGCACCAUAACAACACAGGCCUUUACAGUCAUAGUAUCCUCAGCGGGUCCAACAACACUGCUUCCUUCCUCGAAAACCGUCGGUUCAUCUUUGCCAUCCGUGCAUACUGAUAUUUCAAAGUCCGAGUCUCAGAUUAUCUCUACUUCAUCCAAGACAACCAAUUCUGCAUCGUCAACUCCUAGUGCUACCUCUAAAAGCGAAUUAAUCACGUCCAAGAAUUCUAAUUUUGCUUCAUCAACAACGAGACUCCCCGAAUCGUCUUCAGGAGCAAGAAUCUCGGAGUCAACUGCUCUAGCUUCUCUUACUGUGAACCCGGAAUCGAGCUUGAAGUCUAAUUCGAUAUCCUCAAAAGCGCCGCCAACUACCGCGACGUCAAAACCAUCAGAAUCUUCUGUUCAGUCAACGCGCGACCCUACGCCUGAAUCCGGCUCCGUGCAAUUGUCAAUUUCUUCUGCAGUCAGCUCUCUUCCAAGCGCAUCUGAGAUUUCCCUCAAAUCUACGCGUGAAUCGAGAUCGGAAACCAGCUCGGAGCCUUCAAAGGUAUCAUCAACUACCUUGGCUUCUCAAACACCCGAGUCUUCCUCAGCUCAGACAACUCAUGAAGUUCAACCAGAAUCUAGCUUGACAUCCUCUUCGUCGGUUCCUACAACUGCUGUCUCGAUCCCCAAAACAUCUGAGUCUUCCAUUCAAACUACAGUUGAAAGUAAAUCAAAGACCGGUUUGGAGUCUUUGCAGAUAUCGUCGACUACUUUAGUAUCCAAGACAUCUGAAUCUUUUAUUCAAACCAAGAGUGAAUUUAAGUCGUCAUCAAGCUCAUCUGUAUCGUCAGUGGUAUCAUCAACUUUCUUAGCUUCGCAAACCUCUGAGACAUCUUCUUUUCCAACGACACGGGAAGAUCAAUCGGCCUCAUCAUCGACUUUCCAAACGCCUAAGGCCUCCGGAAGUUCCUCGUCUCCAACAACACCAGCAAGCAAAUCAGACUCGAGCAAAUCGGCAUUAUUAACUUCAUCAGCUUCGUCAGUUUUAGGUCUUUCAACCUCAAAAGCAUCUCAGGCAUCAACUCAAACUCAAUCAAACAACGAGUCGAAAUCAAGCCCUUCUACAGUUGGAGCUCAACUGACUUCAGUGUCUUCAGGGAUCCAAAGUCAAAGCACGCAAGAGAUAUCUUCAAAGAAACAGCCAAGCACUUUCGACCCGACAUCCAACUCUGCCGCUACUUUUCAAGGGCACACCUCAUCGCAAUCAGAGAUUGCAUCUCAGAGCUCAGACUUACAAGGACAGACUGCAUCGGAAAUAAAAUUCACGAGCAAAAGUACCAAGGCUCCUACUCAAGGACACCCUUCAGAAACUACCGCUGCUAAUACAAAGCCUGCAAGCAUUACUCAAAACCCCGCUACUUUUACCCAAGUACCUGAAACUGCUUCUACAAGUGUGAAAGCCUCAGUCAGCGAAAGUUCAAACCAUACUAGCUCAGCCGAGGAGUUAUCCACAUCUAUAGAGAGCACGGGAGUUUAUCCAGUUAGCACAUCCCCAUCCAGUCGUCCAGGAAACACUGAGACUAGACAGACUGCCGAAGGAACCUCUCUAUUUUCUUCUUCAAUUAGCAAGGCUACUACUGCAUUACCCACGAGUAAAGUUCGGACUUCAACUGAAAGCUCUAAAUCAGAAUUUUCGAACACACUCUCCUUAGAAACAUCUGCGACUUUACAGAGCGAAUCAAGCAUAAAACCCACUUCCACUCAAACCUCUGUCUUUAUACCAUCAUAUACAGGCAUGAAUACGAGUGUUAUUUCGGGUUGUACAGCAACUCUUUCGGUCGUUGGCCAAGUCUUACCAGCAUGUCCACAUACUAUCACUCUUGAUUCCUUCUUUUCCACUUCAAAGACACCGGUUACGGCUUUCCCUACCAGUAUUAUAGUUUCAACCAGUAGUUCUGCUACUUCAAAGGUGGUUGAUACUACUAGUAGUAGUAUAUCUGAGAUCAGCUCUUCUACUUCCAAUUUAGCUACUUCCAAGCCAGCUACUUCCAAUUUAGUCAGCAAAUCCCAAGACGCGUCUACGUCUGUUCCUAGCACUGCUUCACCAAUUAUUAGCUCAGCUAGCAAAUCACCAGAUACACUGACAAUAGUCCCUGCAACUAGUGUCCCGACAGAUCCUAUAUUUGUACCUGGGACUAAAUCUGCUGAGGCAGCAACCAUCGGCUCAUUCUCAGGAUCUACAGUUCCUUCGUCUACCGCGUUAUCUUCUAGUUCCAAUCCUGUUUCGAACAAAUCACCUGAUGCUCAAACAUCUGUGUCGACUACGAGCAAAUUACCUGAUGCACCCACUUCUAUUCAGUCGAAUAGUGUUAUUCCUGCCACGAGCAAAUCAUCUGAUAAUCAAACAUCUGUGCUAGCCACGACCAAGUCGCUUGAUGCAUCUACUUCUAUUCAAACGAGUAGUGUUAUUCCUGCUACGAGCAAAUCACCAGAUCCUUCUAUUUCUGUCUCAGCAACCGGUGUUUCAGUUAUCCUAGCUACAAAUAAAUUGCCAGAUUCUCUAACUUCUAGUCCGAGGACCACCAAGUCACCUGAUACACUUAUUUCAAAUCCACUCACCACAAAGUCACCAGAAUCAACUGCUUCAACAGCUAGUUCUGUGGUUUCACAGGCAAAUGCUAGCAGUGGAGAUACUUCUGAAACAUCUCCAACAAUAGCACCUACUAGUCAAGCUCGUACCGAAACCGCUAAGGCUAUAUCAACUCCACAAGCAACUUCAAAUCCUGUGUCUAUUCCAGGGACAGAACCUGCUGAUAGCGCAACUAAAGUGGCAUCUUCUGGAUCUACGUCUUCCUCAUCAUUAGAUCCACUAGUGAGCAACACAGCUACGACAGUCAAUAAUGUCCCUCCAUCAACUACAUCAAACCUAUCAUCGUUGGGAUCCGCAGUUUCCUCAUCUAUUGUAUCAUCGUCUUUGUCUAACCCCGCUAUAACUACAAGCAAUGUUUUACCACCAGGAACGACAAGCCCUGCAUCUGUGCCUCAAACUGAAUCAGUUAAUACUACCACAAACGUGUUGUUAUUGGAAUCUACAGUUCCUCCAUCGACCGUAGUUUCCUCUGGGUCGAAACCAGCAGAUAUCACAUCUGUAAGCAAUCCAACCAACACUGUAACUGGAAGCCCUACAUCUGCGUCGUCUUCUACCGGAAAUUCUGGAACCAGUACAUCAGCCGUAGGGAUACCAGUUGGUCUACCAAGUCACAAAAGUGAACUUCCCGUAGGUUCAAUCAGAACAGCCGACAUUAUUGGUACUCAGCCAACACCCAGCAACCCCGGCAUUCGAACAGGCGCCACAGAAAAGGGACCUCUACCAUCUGACACCAGUGCCACGAUCCCCGGUAUCCAAGUAUCUCCCAGCGGUGUAAAAACCAACCCUGAUGUCACAACAGCAGUUUCAAACCCAUCAAGCACACCAACAACCAUCAACCCAUUACCGGGCCAAACAACCAUUGCGCCAGUUGUAGUUAAUUCCCUAACACUCAGUCAAAGAACCUCUGACUUCGUCAUCGGUACCCGAACCAUCAAGCCCGGUUCCGAAGCCACCGUUAGCGGGGAACGAAUCUCAGUUGCUCCAUCUGGAUCUGCAAUUAUAAUCAAUGGGGCAACAACAAGUGUUACACCCACACCCUCUCCUACAAAUAGCGGUGUCAGAACCAUUUUAUCAACCACCACCGAAGCUCUUCCCGGUGUCGUCGUAAUCGGAACUUCAAGCGUAACCGCCGAUUUCAAGAACUCCGGCUUCCUAAUCGGAAGCGCAACACUCACACAAGGCGGAGCAAUAACCGCCGGUUCAACUAUCAUCACCCUUCCACCUAGUACAACCACCUCACGCCCCUCCAACAUAGUUGUAAUCGGAUCCUCAACCUACACCAAAAACUCAGAAUCCGGCGUGCAAAUCGGUUCUCAAAUCCUGAAAGCCGGAUCCGUCAUCACCGUCGACGGAUCCACCGUUUCUCUAUCUCCGACUGGGAAUGCCGUGGUGGUAAAUGCUAAUUCGGGGUUUGUGACUAGCACGGCUAGUUUGCAGGAGGUCGUUCCUGUUAGCAGUUUGAUGAUUGGUGGUCAGGCGCUUACGGCUGGGAGAAUAGUUACUCAGGGUGGGGAUAUUUUGAGCUUGGCAGCUGGGGGGACGGGUAUCGUGGUUAUAGGGACUAAGACUGUGGGAGCGGUGGGACAGACGGAGGAGCCGAAGAAGAAGAGUGCGGGUGUGAGAGGGAAGAGUGUAGGGAUGGGAAUGGGGCUGGGGUUGGUGAUGAAGGGGUGGGGAAUUUUGUAUUUACAGGUUUCUUUUGUGGUUUGGGCACUGUGGUUGUGA